UCCUGUGUUGGCAUCAGACAGCAGAGCCCUGUUAAAGAGUCUUGAAGCAGUCAGGUGGAAUAAAAACGUACCCUCUCCACUUCUUAAAGAUAGAAAAAAAGAUGUCCCUUCUAUCCCAGGACUCCAGAGCCCUGAGGGUAGUAAGGCAGAAAGAAAACUAGAACCGUAGAACCUGAAAGAACAGGCAGUCCUUGGCAGUGUACAAGAAGAGGAGACAGUCCCUGGCAGUGUACAGGGAGAGGAGACAGUCCCUGGCAGUGUACAGGAAGAGGAGAACUCUGGAGAGGAGACAGUCCCUGGCAGUGUACAGUGAGAGGAGACAGUCCCUGGCAGUGUACAGGAAGAGGAGAACUCUGGAGAGGAGACAGUCCCUGGCAGUGUACAGGAAGAGGAGAACUCUGGAGAGGAGACAGUCCCUGGCAGUGUACAGUGAGAGGAGACAGUCCCUGGCAGUGUACAGGAAGAGGAGACAGUCCCUGGCAGUGUACAGGGAGAGGAGACAGUCCCUGGCAGUGUACAGGGAGAGGAGACAGUCCCUGGUAGUGUACAGGGAGAGGAGACAGUCCCUGGUAGUGUACAGGGAGAGGAGACAGUCCCUGGUAGUGUACAGGGAGAGGAGACAGUCCCUGGCAGUGUACAGGAAGAGGAGACAGGGUUAUGAAGGAUAAUGUUUUGUCUAAAUAUGGACAUUUCACAGUCAUCUCUGCCGAUGCCUUCAGAGAUAAAACUAUGGCUGCUUAUCAAAUGGCAUCCUAUUCCCUACAAAGUGCACUACCCUAUGGGCCCUGGUUAAAGUAUUGCGCUAUAAAGGGAAUAGGAUGCCACUUGGAACACAUUAUAUGACUCAGAGAUGGUGGGUGUUCUUCCUCUGAAAGACAACCGGUGGAAAAAAUAUCUGCACAGAUGGAAAGAGAACGGAGAGAAAAGAAAUCUGUGUUUGUUUCUCCUCAAGUCAGGCUUUUAGAAUGUGGAACGGUUAUGUUGCUGGAUACAGGAGGGGUUUGUUUCUCCUCAAGUCAGGCUUUUAGAAUGUGGAACGGUUAUGUUGCUGGAUACAGGAGGGGUUUGUUGUUCCUCAAGUCAGGCUUUUAGAUUGUGGAACGGUUAUGUUGCUGGGUACAGGAGGGGUUUGUCUCUCCUCAAGUCAGACUUUUAGAAUGUGGAACGGUUAUGUUGCUGGAUACAGGAGGGGUUUGUUUCUCCUCAAGUCAGGCUUUUAGAAUGUGGAACGGUUAUGUUGCUGGGUACAGGAGGGGUUUGUUUCUACCUCAAGUCAGGCUUUUAGAAUGUGGAACGGUUAUGUUGCUGGGUACAGGAGGGGUUUGUUACUCCUCAAGUCAGACUUUUAGAAUGUGGAACGGUUAUGUUGCUGGGUACAGGAGGGGUUUGUUUCUCCUCAAGUCAGAGUUUUAGAAUGUGGAACGGUUAUGUUGCUGGAUACAGGAUGGGUUUGUUUCUCCUCAAGUCAGACUUUUAGAAUGUGGAACGGUUAUGUUGCUGGGUACAGGAGGGGUUUGUUUCUCCUCAAGUCAGGCUUUUAGAAUGUGGAACGGUUAUUUUGCUGGGUACAGGAGGGGUAAAUCUUAUUUUUAACGGAUGACAUGCCGGUCACUGUCCCCAGGCCUGUCUGGGAUCCUCUUUAUAGCACUGACCCCUGCAUGAUCCUCAGGACUGGUACCAAACCAGGUUAGCUGGAGGUAAUCAGUUCUGGUACCAAACCAGGUUAGCUGGAGGUAAUCACAGAGAGAGAGAGAGAGAGAGAGAGAGAGAGAGAGAGAGAGAGAACACACCAAAAACUACACAUAUCUAGGACUAAAUAUCAGCAACACAGGUAGCUUUCACAUGGCUGUGAAUGAGCUGAGAGACAAAGCAAGAAAAGCAUUCUAUGCCAUUAAAAGGAACAUCAAAAUUGAAAUUCCAAUUAGAAUCUGGCUCAACAUUUUUCAAUCAGUUAUAGAACCAAUUGCUCUAUAUGGCAGUGAAGUAUGGGGUCCACUCUCUAAUAAUGAAUUUCCUAAAUGGGACAAACAUCCAAUUGAAAUAUUGCAUGCAGAGUUUUGCAAGACUGUAUUGCAAGUACAAAGAAAAACUCCAAAUAACGCAUGUAGGGCAGAAUUGGGCCAAUACCCCCUCCUCAUUCGAAUAGAAAAAAGAGCCAUCAAAUUUUACAACCAUCUAAAGACAAGUGACCCUAAAACAUUCCAUCACACAGCUCUACAAUGUCAAGAGAUGAAACCAGAGAAGAGUCCCCUCAGCCAGCUAGUUCUGAGGCUCAGUUCACCAACCCAAACCAACCCCAUAGAGCCUCGGGACAGCCCUCAGAAAAUCUGGCCCAACCAAAUCAUCACAAAACAAAAAGAAAAAUAUAUCACCUAUUGGAAAGACACCACAAAAAAUCUAAGUAAACUUCAAUGCUAUUUGGCUCUAAACAGACAGUACAUGGUGGCAGACUAUCUGACCACUGUGACUGAUAGAAAACUGAGGAAAACAUUGACUAGGUACAGACUCAGUGGGCACAGUCUGGCUAUAGAGACCGGUCGUCACCGACAAACCUGGCUGCCCAGAGAGGACAGGCUGGCUAUAGAGACCGGUCGUCACAGACAAACCUGGCUGCCCAGAGAGGACAAGCUGGCUAUAGAGACCGGUCGUCACAGACAAACCUGGCUGCCCAGAGAGGACAGGCUGUGCUCACUCUGCUCCAGGGGAGAGGUAGAGACAGAGGUGCAUUUCCUACUACACUGUGACAAAUACUCAGACCUAAGAGCAUAUUUCUUUCCCAAAAUUAUAAUUCAAUACAAAUAAUUUGAAACUAUAAAAGAUGAAGAAAAAAUUAAAUAUUUAUUGGGUGAAAAGCCACAAUGUGCAGUUUUGGCAGCCAAAUAUGUGUCCUCCUGCCACAACCUGAGGGACAGCCAGUGAAAAGUGCAAAGGAAUGUUUGUUUUGUCUUUCAUACCAGGUCAUAUGUCUUCUCAAGUCAUGUUGACACUGGUCUACUACCAUUGCUUUAAUGUAUUGUUGUUCUGAUUAAUAUUGUUGUUGUAGAUGUUAUUUAUGGUUAUCCCAUGUCCACUACUACUAUUAUUAUUGCUGUUGGUCCCACCAUUUAUUUAUAUAUAAAUAUAUAUAUUUUGUAUAUAUAUACAUAUAUAUUAGAUUUUUAUUUUUCGAUAUGUAUACUUUGACAAUGUAAGUAAUAAUGAACUUGCCAUGUCAAUAAAGUCAAUUGAAUUGAAUUGAAUUGAGAGAGAGAGCGAGAGAGAGAGAGAGAGAGAGAGAGAGAGAGAGAGAGAGAGAGAGAGAGAGAGAGAGAGAGAGAGAGAGAGAGAGAGAGAGAGAGAGAGAGAGAGAGAGAGAGAGAGAGAGAGAGAGGGGGGGACAGAGAGAGGCCAAAUCAUGAGAAAACAAAAAGAUAAUUACUUGACACAUUGGAAAGAAUUAACAAAAAAACAGAGCAAACUAGAAUGCUAUUUGGCCCUAAACAGAGAGUACACAGUGGCAGAAUACCUGACCACUGUGACUGACCCAAACUUAAGGAAAGCUUUGACUAUGUACAGACUCAGUGAGCAUAGCCUUGCUAUUGAGAAAGGCCGCCGUAGGCAGACCUGGCUCUCAAGAGAAGACAGGCUAUGUGCUCACUGCCCACAACAUGAGGUGGAAACUGAGCUGCACUUCCUAACCUCCUGCCCAAUGUAUGACCAUAUUAGAGACACAUAUUUCCCUCAGAUUACACAGAUCAACAAAGAAUUCGAAAACAAAUCCAAUUUUGAAAAACUCCCAUAUCUACUGGGUGAAAUUCCACAGUGUGCCAUCACAGCAGCAAGAUUUGUGACCUGUUGCCACAAGAAAAGGGCAACCAGUGAAGAACAAACACCAUUGUAAAUACAACCCAUAUUUAUGCUUAUUUAUUUUAACUUGUGUGCUUUAACCAUUUGUACAUUGUUACAACACUGUAUAUAUAUAAUAUGACAUUUGUGAUGUCUUUAUUGUUUUGAAACUUCUGUAUGUGUAAUGUUUACUGUUAAUUUGUAAUGUUUGUUUCACUUUUGUGUAUUGUCUACCUCACUUGCUUCCCAUGCCAAUAAAGCCCCUUGAAUUGAAUUGAAUUGAGAGGGACAGAGAGAGUGACAGAGAGAGAGAGAGACAGACAUAUAGAGAGAGGGACAGAGAGAGGGACAUCGAGAGAGAGAGAGAGAGAGAGAGAGAGAGAGAGAGAGAGAGAGAGAGAGGGACAGGGAGAGAGAGAGAGAGAGAGGGAGAGAGAGAGAGAGAGAGAGAGAGAGAGAGAGGGACAGAGAGAGAGAGACAGAGAGAGAGAGAGACAGAUAUAUAUAGAGAGGGAAAGAGAGAGAGAGGGAGGAACGGAGAGAGAGAGAGUGUGAAAGUGAUUGUAGAAGUGUCAGUGGAUCGAUGGUAAUGUAGUAAUGUUGGUAGAGAUGUAAUGCAGCUUAGACAUCCCCUGCCUCCUCUGCUCUGCUUGGAAAGUGAUUUCCCUGUUUCUUUUAGAGGUGAAUAGUAGUGUGUCUCUCUUUCUCAUCCAUUCCUGUUUGUGGUUUCCCACACUGUGUGUUAUAGAGAGGUAACAGAGUAUUAUAGAGAGGUAACAGAGUGUUAUGGAGGGGUAACAGAGUGUUAUAGAGGGGUAACAGAGUGUUAUAGAGAGGUAACAGAGUGGUAUAGAGAGGUAACAGGGUGUUAUAGAGAGAUAACAGAGUGUUAUAGAGGGGUAACAGAGUGUUAUAGAGAGGUAACAGAGUGUUAUAGAGAGGUACCAGAGUGUUAUAGAGGGGUAACAGAGUGUUAUAGAGAGGUAACAUAGUGUUAUAGAGAGGUAACAUAGUGUUAUAGAGGGGUAACAGAGUGUUAUAGAGGGGUAACAGAGUGUUAUAGAGGGGUAACAGAGUGUUAUAGAGAAGUAGCAGGGUGUUAUAGAGGGGUAACAGAGUGUUAUAGAGAGGUAACAGAGUGUUAUAGAGAGGUAACAGAGUGUUAUAGAGGGGCAACAGAGUGUUAUAGAAAGGUAACAGAGUGUUAUAGAGGAAUAACAGAGUGUUAUAGAGAGGUAACAGAGUGUUAUAGAGUGGUAACAGAGUGUUAUAGAGAGGUAACAGAGUGUUAUAGAGAGGUAACAGAGUGUUAUAGAGAUGUAACAGAGUGUUAUAGAGGGGUAACAGAGUGUUAUAGAGAGGUAACAGAGUGUUAUAGAUAGGUAACAUAGUGUUAUAGAGGGGUAACAUAGUGUUAUAGAGGGGUAACAGAGUGUUAUAGAGGAAUAACAGAGUGUAAUAGAGGGGUAACAGAGUGUUAUAGAGAGGUAACAGAGUGUUAUAGAGGGGUAACAUAGUGUUAUAGAGGGGUAACAGAGUGCUAUAGAGAGGUAACAGAGUGUUAUAGAGAGGUACCAGAGUGUAAUAGAGAGGUAACAGAGUGUUAUAGAGGGGUAACAUAGUGUUAUAGAGAGGUAACAGAGUGUUAUAGAGGGGUAGCAGAGUGUUAUAGAGAGGUAACAGAGUGUUAUAGAGAGGUAACAGAGUGUUAUAGAGGGGUAACAUAGUGUUAUUACAGAGAGGUAACAGAGUGUUAUAGAGAGGUAACAGAGUGUUAUAGAGAGGUAACAGAGUGUUAUAGAGAGGCAACAGAGUGUUAUAGAGGGGUAACAGAGUGUUUUAGAGAGGUACCAGAGUGUUAUAGAGAGGUAACAGAGUGUUAUAGAGAGGUAACAGAGUGUUAUAGAGAGGUAACAGAGUGUUAUAGAGAGGUGACAGAGUGUUAUAGAGAGGUAACAGAGUGUUAUAGAGAGGUAACAGAGUGUUUUAGAGAGGUACCAGAGUGUUAUAGAGGGGUAACAGAGUGUUAUAGAGAGGUAACAGAGUGUUAUAGAGGGGUAACAGAGUGUUAUAGAGAGGUAACAGAGUGUUAUAGAGAGGUAAUCGAGUGUUAUAGAGGGGUAACAGAGUGUUAUAGAGAGGUAACAGAGUGUUAUAGAGGGGUAACAGAGUGUUAUAGAGCGGUAACAGAGUAUUGUAGAGGGGUAACAUAGUGUUAUAGAGAGGUAACAGAGUGUUAUAGAGGGGUAACAGAGUGUUAUUACAGAGAGGUAACAGAGUGUUUUAGAGGGGUAACAGAGUGUUAUAGAGGGGUAACAGAGUGUUAUAGAGAUAUAACAGAGUGUUAUAGAGAGGUAACAGAGUGUUAUAGAGGGGUAACAGAGUGUUAUAGAGCGGUAACAGAGUGUUAUAGAGAGGUAACAGAGUGUUAUAGAGAGGUAACAGAGUGUUAUAGAGGGUUAACAGAGUGUUAUAGAGAGGUAACAGAGUGUUAUAGAGGGGUAACAGAGUGCUAUUACAGAGAGGUAACAGAGUGUUAUAGAGGGGUAACAGAGUGUUAUAGAGAGGUAACGGAGUGUUAUAGAGGGGUAACAGAGUGUUAUAGAGAUGUAACAGAGUGUUAUAGAGAGGUAACAGAGUGUUAUAGAGGGGUAACAGAGUGUUAUAGAGGGGUAACAGAGUGCUAUAGAGGGGUAACAGAGUGUUAUAGAGAGGUAACAGAGUGUUAUAGAGGGGUAACAGAGUGUUAUAGAGGGGUAACAGAGUGUUAUAGAGAUGUAACAGAGUGUUAUAGAGAGGUAACAGAGUGUUAUAGAGGUAACAGAGUGUUAUAGAGAUGUAACAGAGUGUUAUAGAGGGGUAACAGAGUGUUAUAGAGAGGUAACAGAGUGUUAUAGAGAUGUAACAGAGUGUUAUAGAGGGGUAACAGAGUGUUAUAGAGAGGUAACAGAGUGUUAUGGAGGGGUAACAGAGUGUUAUAGAGAUGUAACAGAGUGUUAUAGAGAUGUAACAGAGUGUUAUAGAGGGUUAACAGAGUGUUAUAGAGGGUUAACAGAGUGUUAUAGAGAGGUAACAGAGUGUUAUAGAGAGGUAACAGAGUGUUAUAGAGGGGUAACAGAGUGUUAUAGAGGGGUAACAGAGUGUUAGAGAGUUGUAACAGAGUGUUAUAGAGAGGUAACAGAGUGUUAUAGAGCGGUAACAGAGUGUUAUAGAGGGGUAACAGAGUGUUAUAGAGAGGUAACAGAGUGUUAUAGAGGGUUAACAGAGUGUUAUAGAGAGGUAACAGAGUGUUAUAGAGAGGUAACAUAGUGUUAUAGAGAUGUAACAGAGUGUUAUAGAGGGGUAACAGAGUGUUAUUACAGAGAGGUAACAGAGUGUUAUAGAGGGGUAACAGAGUGUUAUAGAGAGGUAACGGAGUGUUAUCGAGGGUUAACAGAGUGUUAUAGAGAGGUAACAGAGUGUUAUAGAGAGGUAACAUAGUGUUAUAGAGAGGUAACAGAGUGUUAUAGAGAGGUAACAGAGUGUUAUAGAGAGGUAACAGAGUGUUAUAGAGGGGUAACAGAGUGUUAUAGAGAGGUGACAGAGUGUUAUAGAGAGGUAACAGAGUGUUAUAGAGAGGUAACAGAGUGUUUUAGAGAGGUACCAGAGUGUUAUAGAGGGGUAACAGAGUGUUAUAGAGAGGUAACAGAGUGUUAUAGAGUGGUAACAGAGUGUUAUAGAGAGGUAACAGAGUGUUAUAGAGAGGUAAUCGAGUGUUAUAGAGGGGUAACAGAGUGUUAUAGAGAGGUAACAGAGUGUUAUAGAGGGGUAACAGAGUGUUAUAGAGCGGUAACAGAGUAUUAUAGAGGGGUAACAUAGUGUUAUAGAGAGGUAACAGAGUGUUAUAGAGGGGUAACAGAGUGUUAUUACAGAGAGGUAACAGAGUGUUUUAGAGGGGUAACAGAGUGUUAUAGAGGGGUAACAGAGUGUUAUAGAGAUAUAACAGAGUGUUAUAGAGAGGUAACAGAGUGUUAUAGAGGGGUAACAGAGUGUUAUAGAGCGGUAACAGAGUGUUAUAGAGAGGUAACAGAGUGUUAUAGAGAGGUAACAGAGUGUUAUAGAGGGUUAACAGAGUGUUAUAGAGAGGUAACAGAGUGUUAUAGAGGGGUAACAGAGUGCUAUUACAGAGAGGUAACAGAGUGUUAUAGAGGGGUAACAGAGUGUUAUAGAGAGGUAACGGAGUGUUAUAGAGGGGUAACAGAGUGUUAUAGAGAUGUAACAGAGUGUUAUAGAGAGGUAACAGAGUGUUAUAGAGGGGUAACAGAGUGUUAUAGAGGGGUAACAGAGUGCUAUAGAGGGGUAACAGAGUGUUAUAGAGAGGUAACAGAGUGUUAUAGAGGGGUAACAGAGUGUUAUAGAGGGGUAACAGAGUGUUAUAGAGAUGUAACAGAGUGUUAUAGAGAGGUAACAGAGUGUUAUAGAGGUAACAGAGUGUUAUAGAGAUGUAACAGAGUGUUAUAGAGGGGUAACAGAGUGUUAUAGAGAGGUAACAGAGUGUUAUAGAGAUGUAACAGAGUGUUAUAGAGGGGUAACAGAGUGUUAUAGAGAGGUAACAGAGUGUUAUGGAGGGGUAACAGAGUGUUAUAGAGGGUUAACAGAGUGUUAUAGAGAGGUAACAGAGUGUUAUAGAGAGGUAACAUAGUGUUAUAGAGAUGUAACAGAGUGUUAUAGAGGUGUAACAUAGUGUUAUAGAGGGGUAACAGAGUGUUCUAGAGGGGUAACAGAGUGUUAUAGAGAUGUAACAGAGUGUUAUAGAGGGGUAACAGAGUGUUAUUACAGAGAGGUAACAGAGUGUUAUACAGGGGUAACAGAGUGUUAUAGAGAGGUAACUGAGUGUUAUAGAGGGGUACAGAGUGUUAUAGAGGGGCAACAGAGUGUUAUAGAGAGGUAACAGAGUGUUAUAGAGAGGUAACAGAGUGUUAUAGAGGGGUAACAGAGUGUUAUAGAGAGGUAACCGAGUGUUAUAGAGGGGUAACAGAGUGUUAUAGAGGAAUAACAGAGUGUUAUAGAGAGGUAACAGAGUGUUAUAGAGGGUUAACAGCGUGUUAUAGAGGGGUAACAGAGUGUUAUAGAGAGGUAACAGAGUAUUAUAGAGAGGUAACAUAGUGUUAUAGAGGGGUAACAGAGUGUUAUAGAGAGGUGACAGAGUGUUAUAGAGAGGUAACAGAGUGUUAUAGAGAGGUAACAGAGUGUUUUAGAGAGGUACCAGAGUGUUAUAGAGGGGUAACAGAGUGUUAUAGAGAGGUAACAGAGUGUUAUAGAGUGGUAACAGAGUGUUAUAGAGAGGUAACAGAGUGUUAUAGAGAGGUAACAGAGUGUUAUAGAGCGGUAACAGAGUGUUAUAGAGAGGUAACAGAGUGUUAUAGAGAGGUAACAGAGUGUUAUAGAGGGUUAACAGAGUGUUAUAGAGAGGUAACAGAGUGUUAUAGAGAGGUAACAUAGUGUUAUAGAGAUGUAACAGAGUGUUAUAGAGGGGUAACAUAGUGUUAUAGAGGGGUAACAGAGUGUUCUAGAGGGGUAACAGAGUGUUAUAGAGAGGUAACAGAGUGUUAUAGAGGGGUAACAGAGUGUUAUAGAGAGAUAACAGAGUGUUAUAGAGGGGUAACAGAGUGUUAUAGAGGGGUAACAGAGUGUUAUAGAGAGGUAACAGAGUGUUAUAGAGGGGUAACAGAGUGUUAUAGAGAGGUAACAGAGUGUUAUAGAUAGGUAACAGAGUGUUAUAGAGAGGUAACAGAGUGUUAUAGAGGGGUAACAGAGUGUUUUAGAGAGGUAACAGAGUGUUAUAGAGGGGUAACAGAGUAUUAUAGAGGGGUAACAGAGUGUUUUAGAGAGGUAACAUAGUGUUAUAGAGGGUUAACAGAGUGUUUUAGAGAGGUACCAGUACAGAGCAUGUCUCUCCAUCCUCUUUGUGAAAAGGGUUUAUUUCCCAUCUUGUGAGUGUUUGGUUGAAAGUAAGUGUACAGUGUGUGUGUUGGCAAGGUAACAGGCAGUACCGAGUGUCUCUAUCUAGUUCCUGUCUGAUGUUCUGCUGUCCAGGACACAGUCACUCACUCUCUUGUUGGCACCAGUCACUCCAGAUGUCUCCCCUGUGCAUUCAACUCAGGUUUCCAUGGUGAUAUAUCUCUCUCCUGCUCUGGGCUGUCAGUGUGUCUCACAUUUUCCCCCCUCUCUCUUUCUCCCCUCUCUCCACCUUCC